AUGCAGCAUCUUCAGGAACUAAUACUGCUUGGACUUCUGGUCACAGUCACAGCAGCUCCAGCUCUUGCGUCACCGUCAUUCACCUCAGCAAAGGUCCUGGGUACAGUAAAAGAUCACAAUAUACAAGAAGCUUCCGGACUGGCAGCCAGCAGGAUCCAUCCAGGAGUCCUGUAUACCCACAACGACAAGGGUAGCAACAGCGUCAUCUACGCCAUAGACGCCAGUACAGCCCAGACUCUAGCUACCCUGAAAAUCAGCCAUGCGGAGAACUAUGAUUGGGAAGACGUAGCUGUUGGUCCAUGUGGAGGCAGCUCGUGUAUCUAUAUCGCUGAGACUGGUGAUCAUGGUGAAGAUGGUGCUAAGAACGUCAUCUAUAGAGUCAAGGAACCCAAGUCCAUCAAGGACCAAAGCUUAGACGUUGAUUCUAAACUGCAUUUCAAAUGGGAUCAGCCAGAUUGCGAAACAGUGAUGGUGACUCCGAAUGAGGACAUUUAUCUGGUGUCAAAGGUCAGUGGUGGUCACGGUAAACUCGUCAGAUUGGACAAAUCCGGGUGGGGAAGCGGUAACGCAGUGACUGUCCAAGCGUCGGCGACGUUGAAGCAAGACGGACAUAAACACGAUCCGGUCGGCGGUGACAUUUCACCGAACGGAAAAGAAAUGUUGAUCAAAUACAAAUACCACGUCUACUACUGGUACGUACCGGACGGAGAUUACGUCGGAGCUAUAAGCAGACCGCCGGUAGAUCUGCCGUACGUGGUAGAAACGCAAGGAGAAUCGGUGUGUUGGGACUCGAGGGCUGGUGGAUAUUAUACUCUCAGUGAGGGAAAGAAUCAACAUCUGUACUAUUAUCAGAGAACAUCACCCGUAGUAGGCUAG